CGAAUAUGAGACAGACACAUGUAAUUCACAACAAUGACAACAGGCUUAAAGGUCUUUGGCUGUCAUUGUAAAGACUUUUCCACAAGCAUGCAUUAGAAAUCUUGGUGACUUUUGCACAUAGGGUUGCAAAGUUUGAAAAUGUCAAGCUCUGUGGCAAUAAAAAGGUAGUUGGUCUCUCUCAUACCUUGUAUCUUACUCUUCCUUACUGUUCUCUUCUUCUUUCUGGCUGAUUCAGUUAUGGCUCAUAGUAACCCUUCAAUGGUUCCAACAAUGCUGCUACUGGUGCUGAUAUCAGCUGGACCGGAAACAACAGGUGCCAAAACAGGUGUUUGUUAUGGAAGGCUUGGAGAAAAAUUGCCAGCACCAUCAGAAGUAGUAGCUCUUUGUAAACAGAACAAUAUCCAGAGAAUCAGACUUUAUCAGCCAGACCACGAUGCUCUCCAGGCCCUUGGAGGCUCCAACAUUGAAAUCAUGCUGGCUGUCCCAAACUCUGAUCUUCAAAACAUUGCUUCUAGUCAAGCUAAUGCCAAUUCAUGGCUCCAAAACAAUGUCAAAAACUAUGGAAACCUCAAAUUUCGAUACGUAGCGGUUGGGAACGAGGUUGAGGCUGGGAAUCCAUAUCUUGUACCUGCAAUGCAGAAUAUUCAGAAUUCAGUUUAUGGAGCUGGCCUGGGAUACCAGAUCAAAGUCUCCACUGCCAUCUCUGCCGGGGUCCUCGGAGAAUCUUACGCUCACCAUCCAUCACAAGGCUCCUUCAAACCAGAAUAUCAGAAACUUAUUAGUUCCAUCAUUAGCUUUCUAGUUAGAAACCAAUCACCAUUCCUCUUAAACAUGUACACCUACUUUAGCUAUCAGUUCAAUCCACAGACUGUACGCCUUGAUUAUGUUCUCUUCACAGCUCCAUCUGCAGUAAUGUAUGGUUACCAGAAUCACUUUGAUGCUAUGUUGGACACUGUGUACUCUGCACUUGAGAAAGCAGGUGGAGGUUCCUUGAACAUUGUUGUAUCGGAGACCGGCUGGCCUACAGAAGGAGAUGUAGGAGCAACAGUGGAAAAUGCAAGAACUUACAACUCAAACUUGAUUCAACAUGUGAAAAAAGGGACUUCAAGGAAGCCUGGAACGCCUAUAGAAACUUACAUUUUUGCCAUGUUUGAUGAGAACCAGAAGCAAGGUCCAGAAAUUGAGAAACACUGGGGGCUCUUCUCUCCAGACAAAACACCUAAAUACCAGAUUAGUUUUAGCUAAGAGCAAGCAAGAAUAGUUUGUCAAUGGAAUAAAGGCAGUAAGGCACUUAUAUUGUGCAUUACCUAGUAAGAUAGUAGCGAUAUAGUGAGAUAAAAGUGAUUAAUUUAAUAACCAUUGAACAUGCAAUGUAUAUGGAACCUUUUCAUCUUA